AUGAAGCCCGUCGUAUCUUCAUUGAACGCCUGGUCCUGCGUGGUCAUCUCCCUCUUCGCCAUUGUCAUCCUUUCCGUCCUUGGGUCGCUAUUCAAGAGCGAACACCACGGAUUCACCGGCUCAGAAGGUGAACCGGAGGACGGCGGAGCAGUUGCUGCAUCGAUAUUUACUGCUGUGAUCAUCUACGCUGGAUUCUUCGUUUUCUGCGCCUUCCAGGCUUACCUGCACAUCCGAGCCCGCCGGGGCGGCGCCAUAUCACUGAAUUAA